UUGUGCUUGGACAUUUGUUUUUGUGUGGUCAUGCGCAGGUGAGUAGCUUGGGACUAUUCAGACGGGCUGGAUCCACGGAUGAGGACUAGAAUGGGAGAUUUGGCUAUGGGAAAAGGACUUGGACCCGGCUUAAGUCACCAUCCGGCCUCGCAGGAGGCUGAUGAGUGGAGCGACCCGGAGGAGGUUUGUAGACGUAGCGGCAGGGGCGACCUUUUUGGUGGAGGUGACGAGAGCCCUUUUGAGCGAGAGCGGCCUUCGUCUCUGAGGCCACAGUAUGUCGAUACGCAGGCUGUGCACGACUCUGCGCGUUCCAAGGGGGCAGAGUCAGCUUGCGGUGGCGGUGUUCUUGGGCAGCAUCCCGGACGUUUACGCAGUGGGAUGGCUUCAUUCAGCGUUGUUCCCCCUCCGUCUGGGGAGCUUCAUCUAGUUUCGCCCCCGAGACGGCAAUUGCAUAGAUUGGUGAAGGGCCCGAGACAGCGAAUAGAGGAGAGAUUGGUGGGCGGUCCUUCACCGACUAAGAAGGUCGAAAGAGUUGUGGAAAGGCCGACUGCUGGACGUACUCCUUCGUUCGCAGGAGAUGGGCGUAGUCCAAUUGAGGAGGCGGUUCAGACAGACGAUGUUGGGUGGGGUGGUGAUGACAGGAUGUCGAUGGGCGGCGGCGGAGGUUUUAGUCAGCUUGGUGAUUUGGGACUGCCGCCCGGAGAGAGCGAUUCUCAGGGGGACUUGUCUGUCGGCAUGCAGGCCAUAUUAGACCAGAUCAGCGCCAUGCAGCCGAAGACUUUCACGCCUGCCAUGCAUGGAGAGUUAGGUGCGUCGCCAGCGGAGGUUGAGGUUGACGAGGAGGCCACACCCCCUGGCGAGACAUUGGCAGAGAGGUUGGACAGGCUUGAUAGUCGUCGAGCUUGCCUCCUGGCACGAGCUAACCCCCGGACAGAGGAGUUGACCCGCCUAGCGGCGGAGGAGCAACAGAGACAGUUGGGGAUGUUUAUGGAGAUGCCCCCUGACGCACAGGCGGCUGGCCACGUCGAUCCAGUGACAGAGGUUCGCUAUGGGACGCAGGGGCAGGCAGCUGUGCUCGAGGCAGCUUCGGCAGGGGCACAGGGGGAGGCAACUGCAUGCCAGGCGACUUCAGCAGGGUUGCAUAAUGAGGCAGUCGGCAGCGGCGACGGCAGAGGCGAGAUGGGUGGAGGCGAGGCAGCUGGGAUGUCGGGGGAGGCACAGGGGUUGCACGCGACUGGGUUCACUGCACCAGGCGCCCCGCGUCCAAUGCCCGACCAGCCUCUUCACGACGGGCAAAGGCUAUGUGUCCGAAAUUCGAUUCAGCGGGGGUUUCCUGUUGAACGGUUCAACGUCCGUUGAACCCCCGUUACAAUGCCGCGCUAUACCACGU